CCCACGGGACUCCCCCUUCCACAACAGGGCAGGUCUCUUGGCAAAGAGGCCCAACGGAUUUGAUCGAACUGAUGGCUGGUACCCACACUCUGCAAAGUCAUCGGACAGUCGAGGUUAUGGGCACCAUGAGAAGCAGGAGCCCCCUUACGGCAAUGGAAAAAAGGGUUGUCUGGGAUACCAGUCAUCCUUGAUGCGGGCACUUUCUGAGGACGCCCUAGACACACCUUCAGCUUCACAGGGCAAGGACCCACGGGCCCUGCCCAAAACUCCUGCCCCCAGUGCCUCAGGAACAAGGGCCAUUGCAUACAAUCUCCCAGGUCCCCCAGGCCAGGCACGCAUGUAUUACGCCUUGACGCAUACCAGUGCCAUUUCACAGCAGCGCCCUCUAUUGGACCCACAGUUUAGCACUCCAGAUCUGGCCUCUCUCCGGGAUUCUGAGUUUUCUCGGCUGGUGGAGAGCAAAGACCCAGAGGCACUGAAGUCACUGCAGCAAGGCCCAAAUGAAGAUCUCCCUUCCAAUGACUCCCAGAGAUUCACCUCCCCCUCUCCAGGGGGAUAUCGCCAAAAAGCAGCAACACCGACCCGCCUCAACCACCCUGAUCCCUCCCCACCUCCCCCCGGGAUUCCCAUGGUCCUGCCUCAUUUCAGGAGAGGCUCACUGAUCGAUCUUGGUGGUGGUCGGCUGAAGAGGGUAGAGGAACUGCAGACGGAGGACUUCCUGCUCUGUCCCAACCCGGGCCCCGAUGUCCACCUGAGCACCUGCACCAUCCUGCUCAUCUCUCCUUCCCCUGAUUCUGCUUUCACCCACCUGCAGGUCCUGCUGCCUGACCACAGCACUCAGGAGUUACUUGAAGUCUUGGCUGAGUACCCAUUCUUUGUCCGCAACCGAGGCUGGUCCUCGUGCUGCCCCCAGAGAACGGCCCAGGUGUACGGGCUCCACUGCCACCAGCUCCGUGUGGGUGACGUGUGCCUGGCACUCAUACCCACACCCGCACGCUCAUCCUCCUCCUCCCCUCCGCUGGCUCCCCGCACACCCGUUGUACAGGGGGGCAAAGGUUUUGGCCCCCAGUACAUCCACACCAAGGUGGAAGAAGAAAAGCCGCCACCCCGUUCCCCCCCCACCCCACCCAAGGAGUUGCCACGGACACGAAAGAGGCGCUGGUCAGCCCCUGAGCUCCAAGGGGAAGACACGACGCCACAAGAGUUACCUCACAGCUCCAAACACAGGAGACAGCAGUAAUCCCCAAAACAAACCCCCAGCACUCCUGUGAGCUCCGUGUUUCUCUCUCUUGCGGUUGUGGUUGGUCAGCUACAAAUACAGGAGGCAGAAAACUUAUCUUUAAACUGACAAUGGUCCUGAAGUUGUACAUUGUGAUUGA